ACUCUGAGCACAACCUUGUUUUCCUUGGUUGUUAUCUCACUCACUGCCUCAUCCACUCAAACACAGUCAGCCCAUCUGAGCGGAUGGGAAGCAGCUGGAGUCAGAUGAACACAUGCAGACAUCGUCUCCCUCCCAGAACCAGAAGAUGGCUGCAACAGAGAACUCCAACAACUCUGUGUCUUAUGAGUAUGAAUACUAUUAUGAUUACCUCGACCCUGUGAUUGUGGAUGAGAGCAAGCUGAAAUACAACAAAUACUCGAUUGUGAUCAUUUUUUGGGUAUUUCUGGCGGCUUUCGUGGGACUCCUCUUUCUCUGUUUGAAUCUAAUGUCUAGCACUGGAAACAUACAAAUGAGUCACAGAUCCAGAGUGAAUAGAAGCCGCAGAAUAUCAUCCGCAUGAGCUGAAUCUGAAUGAAGCCAUAUUUAUGGAUAUGAGCUAAAAUCUUAGAAAUUUAGGUUUAUGAACAUAAUUUCACAAUGAUGAUGUUAUAAUGCAGCUGUAGAGAUUGAUGUCAUGAACAUUUCAGAUUAAAGGGUUUGCAACUGCAAGAAAACUGUCAAUUUUUUAGAAUACCCUGAAUAUCUAUAAAUUGCAAGGUACACUUUACCACUUAAUAAAGAACUAUAAUCCUGUGCCCUAAGCAGCAGCCUGUGUUCAUGACUCAUGUGAUCCCUUUAUUUUAAUAGGACAAUAAGAGCUAUUCAUUGUAAUCAGCUUCACUAUCUCCUUCUUUAAUGUCCUCAACAACCUUUAUGUACAGAUAAUAAACAAUAGGUAACACAAGGACAAUUUGUUAAAAACACAUGUUUAUGACAUUUGUAAAUCCUAUUUCUUUACAGUAACAAAAAAAGGAAGAGUACACACAUUAUUUGAAUUAGCCGUAUUUAAAAGAACGCAGUUGUGUUUAUCUCCUCCAGCUGAUGAUGUCUUCACAGAUGGCUCUGACGGCUGGUUGUGCUUCUUUGGAUUCUUUCCCUCUCUGACACUUGGUCACCAAACUGACAUGAGACAGGAAGAGCUCGGCUGAAGAGGCUCCGCUCCACAGCUCAUGAAUGUACAACGACAACAGAUGCAGCCCUGCGUCUGGAGAGGAGAAGACAAGAGGCUUCAUUUAGUUACCUGACAAUAAUUAUACAGGAGUGAAUAUGCUGAGGGAGACGACAGUGUUAUUAUGAGUGUGUCAUUAUUGUGACAGAGAAAAGGUGAAUAUAUAUAUAUAUUUGUUAUAGUUUGCAUGAGUUAAAUGGUUUAAUAAUCCAAAAACAUGAAACAAGUCUUUAUAUUGUUACCAUGAUUCUCACAUGAAUUGGUCAAAUCAAGUUUCUCCUCCA